CCACGUAAACAGUCAGAAGAAAAUGUAAACACGGCAGACGGCUCUCAACCCCCGCACAGGCUGUGGCAGUGAUGGACGCUCUUCUGGCUCUGAGAAGACGAGUUUAUGCUAAACGUGCGGAGAAACGUACUUGGGUACGCUCUUGGUUGAAGAGACGAGAGAGCAAGAGAGCGUUUAUCAUCGACAUGUCAAGGAGCUGACAUUGGAGGACCCAGAAGAAAUGAGACGGUGGAUUCGGUUGGACAAGGACCAGUACAAUAAUCUCUUGAGAUUGGUGACUCUUCUCAUAGAGAAACAAGAUACGAAAAUGAGGAAGGCUGUAACUGCUGGGGAAAGACUGACGCUAACUCUCGGAUAUCUGGCAACAGGUGAUACUCGCCUAGGACUGCUAUGGACAUGUGAGACUUUAUAUAACAGAUCUCAGGUCUGCUAUGCACCGUCUCUUGGAGGAGCAUGGUUGGUGACUCUAGGAUGUGUACUCUUGGGGUGUGUGUGCGUCACUGCAACCAUCGUUCUGCUGGCUCUCUCACACUGUCGAAUCAGUCUCUAUAUCAUGGCCUAUGCCCGUUGGGUUGGCUUCACUGCUAUGGUGCUGUUCUGUCUGGCUGCGGUUGUUUUUCCAAUGGGAUUUUAUGUUGAAGAGAUUGGUGGAGAACCAUAUCAACUCCCAAACAGUUUCCAGGUUGGAUAUUCAUACAUAUUUUUCGUGCUAGCUCUUUGGAUGACAGUGGUUUCGGAGCUUUUUGCUGGAAAAGUCUGCCUACCCAAUUUUUAAUUCAUAUGCAUAUUGAAAAUUGGUGGACAAUGAGCUUUGUACGACAAACUUUUUUCUUGUCAGAGACAGUGAAGAAAAAAUGAAUUUCCAAUUGAUUUCCAAAACCCAAACAAGUUGGAGAUGUAUAGAGUUUAGUGGAUGUUUUUUUUUCUUUUCUUCUUCCUCUUCUUCUUCUUCUUCUUUUUCUACUCCUUAGAAAAAAGAAGUUCAAUUACCUGUCGCAGUUUAUGUUCCAUUGGGGUGUUGAUUGAAGGGCAGAUGGUGCCAAAGUUUAAUGUUACUGUUAAUGUUGUUAUGGUUAACAAUACUGUAGGAGGUGAGAUGGGGAAGAAAAUGCCGUAGGCAAAUUUUUUUUUUUAGGAUAGCAUUAUUUGAAUAAUCUAAUCACUCCAGCACUAUUAAUUUUUAUGGUGUGUAGUCACUCUUGCUCUUCAAAAUAACUCCUGUUUAUUGCAACACGUUCAGACUAUGUUUAAAACUGUAACAAAUGCAUCAAACUCUGUUGUAACAAUUUAUGUAAUAGCUACAACUCCUUAUACAAAUAUUAUAUUGUUUGUUAGUAAGAUUAUAGUUAAUGUUACUUCUAAUUCCUUUUUUCUUUGUAAAUAUUCUUUACAUGACAAGUACCUGUGAAUAUUUAUUAUUAUUAAUAUUAUUAUUGUAAUUAUACUAACUUUUUGAUAUCUGAAAUGAUUAAGCACAAAUAGGAGAAAUUUGUGAUACUUUGUUAGAAUCUAAGUUCAUAUUUCAUUCCACUUUCUCAGAGAUCUGAUUUCAUAGUUCUUUUUUCUUAUUCCAAAUUUGUAAAUUUUUAAGUUGGUGAAUAUGUGUUUUUCUAUGUGUGCUAGGCUGUUCUGCUUCCUGUCUUAUUGUCCAAUAAGUAGCACCCAUGUCAUGUCCAAUGUGAUUUUAGUUUGUUAAUUUUGUAUAUACACAGAUGACUCCACAAGAGUUUAGUCACCAUAUCACAGAAUGAUA